GAUCACCACGAUGCUGCAGUUUGUGCUCCUCGCCACCCUCGCCCUCUGCGGAUGCUGCGCCGAGCCGGUGCCGGCUGGGUCGGAGCGGGUGGUCGGUGGGACCGAAGUGCGCUCGCACGCCUGGCCCUCACAGAUCUCCCUGCAGUAUUACUACAGCGGCAGCUGGCACCACACCUGCGGAGGGUCCCUCAUCCAGAGGAACUGGGUGAUGACCGCAGCCCACUGCGUGGACAGUGACCUGACCUAUCGCGUUGUUGCCGGUGACCACAACAUCUACCAGAACGAGGGCACCGAGCAGGUCUUCAGCAUCAGCAAGAUCAUCAUCCAUCCCUACUGGAACAGCAACAACGUCGCCGCGGGCUACGACAUCGCCCUGCUCCGCCUGUCCAGCUCGGCCACCCUGAACAGCUACGUGCAGCUGGCGGUGCUGCCCCAGGAGGGCACCAUCCUGGCCAACAACUACCCCUGCUACAUCAGCGGCUGGGGACGCACCCGCACUAACGGGCAGCUGUCGAGCGUGCUGCUGCAGGCGUACCUGCCCGUCGUGGACUACAAGACCUGCUCCAGCUCGUCCUACUGGGGCUCCACCGUCAAGAACACCAUGGUCUGCGCUGGCGGGGACGGCGUGCGUUCUGGCUGCCAGGGUGAUUCGGGCGGCCCCCUGCACUGCGCGGUGAACGGGCAGUACCAGGUCCACGGCGUCACCAGCUUUGUCUCCAGCCUGGGCUGCAACGUCAAGAACAAGCCCACUGUCUUCACGCGCGUCUCUGCCUACAGGACCUGGAUAGCCAACGUAAGCGCAGAGCAGGGAGGCCUGAAGCACCCGCUGGGGUGA